AUGAUAUACAACUGCGCCAUGCUGACUUUGGGGUCAAGUGCGCACAUGCAUAAAUCACAUGUUUCUGUCAUGUAUGAACGCCACAGUAUAGUCGGUGACGCGUUACAGGGAGAGUACAACCUGAAUAUCCGGGACGCUCAGGUGGAAGACUCUGGGGAUUACAGAUGUUCAACACCGAGUGUGAGGGCCGCUGCAGAUGUUACACUCACGGUCAUAGUGCCAAUGGUUGGACCCCCUGACAUCACCGGAGCAGAGCUACCACUGACGGCAGGAGACGAACUGCUGCUCCGAUGCCGGUCGCGAGGCGGCUACCCUCCUCCUCGGCUCACCUGGUACAACGGUACCCACCAGUUCGGUUCAGAAGAUACGGCUAGCAAUGACGAGGGAGGAACCGUCACGCUGGAGCUGUUCACGGCGCGGGUCUCCAAGUGGGACGACGGCGCUAACUUCACCUGUGUUGCCGACCAGGGGUUUCCUGAUAUUGUCAAACCCCGAGCUGCUUCAAGAAUACUACGAGUUGACUACCCCCCGACUGUGUCGGUCCCGUCCCCGUCCAUCCACGCCAGAGAGGGCCAGUCGGUAAACCUGACCUGCUACGUCGAUUCCAACCCUAAAGCAACCGUCACCUGGCGGAAACGGGGGGACCGGCUCCCCAGGGACAGCAUACAAAGGGAGAGAAGCAUCCAGAUCGUUAAAGUUUCCAAGUACGACAGCGGUGUUUACCAGUGCGAGGCGGACAACCGGAUCUUACCGGUCGGUGUGGGCUCCAUCCGGCUAGAGGUGUUCUACCCGCCCAGUAUUGACUCCACACUCAACGACAAAGUUUCAGUCAUGUACGGAAAUAACGACUUCUCACUCAACUGCUUCGCGGACGGAAACCCCAAACCUCACAUCCGGUGGCAGCGGAAGGAUACAAGUUUGUACUGGGAAAACCCGCUUCGCUUCCACCGGGUGCGUUACGACGUGGAGGGGACAUAUCAAUGCGUGGCAACGAGUGACGGAUUCCCUGUAGUCACAAAAGAUGUUGAACUUGACGUCUUAGGAAAACCACAAGUUGAAGCGGCGUCAGCGCAAGUUUCCACCAAUCAGGGUGAGGUCGCACGGUUCUACUGUGACGUCAUCGGCGAUCCUCUACCAGAGAAAGUCACGUGGCUGUGGAGAAACAAAAAUGGCGUCGAGAGCGUGCUUUUGGAUACAAACAACGGCAUCUCCAUCAUGGAGAAGAUUGUAGGCAAGAUGAAGACCGCCAUGCUGUCUAUUGACCACGUCACUGGUGACGAUGAGGGGAUCUACAUCUGCAAGGCAACGAACAUCUUCAGCUCAGAUCAGCGGGAGAUACGGCUGUCUGUUAAAGGCCUGGCUCACUCCAACACCCUCCCGCCUUACUCCACCGUGGAGCGGCAUCGGCCUGACGGUCAGGACCCCCGUCUGUCAGCCAGCAUACAGGAGGAAGAGAGUAUACCUGUUGUGGUUCAGGUCGAGCCCCCAGCGCCGCCACCUAAGGACAAGAAGAAGCGGUGGAAGAGACGGGGUGGAGACGGCACCGGGCACAGCCAGCAGCCGGGCGGGAACAGCGGCAUGCGAAAUCAUCACCAGGCAGACAACGUGCUCAACGAGAUUCAGGCAGAAAGUCUGUGAAUGGUCGAUUUCAACCAGCCUCUAACAGACUAGCUACACUGGCUACAUAUAGGAGAAUAUUUUCCAGGGGAGUUUGGCCGCC